ACCACUGAUAUCCAUUACGGCAAUACCUCUCUCUCUCUCUCUCUCUCCUCUGCAGUGGACUCUCCAUAUAGAUGUAACCAAGUCAAGUUUGAUCUUUGAACAAAGGAAGACCCGCGUGUGUGGAAUGAGUUUCUGGACUUCAUGGCCCGGGUAUCUCUAGUGCUGCAUAUUUGGUAUUGAAUUCCGUGAAUAUUUUGUGGGUUAUAGGCCUGGCAUUUCUGAAAGUGCACGGAUCUGUUAAUUGAUUCAAGGUCUCCUGAAUCUCUCUAAGGGAAACCCACCAAGCUCCUUAAUUUAAACCAGAAAAGCGGCAAAGGUUCAGAAAUGCAACAUCAAUUGGGUCCACUCGAGGAAGAAUUGAAGAAGACACGGGAAAAAUUAAAAGCAGCUGAGGAAGAGAAAGAUCAAGCUCUCGAUGAGCUCGUGGAGAUGAAGAAAGUUUCCAAGGAAGCCAAUAUGAGGCUCAGUGAGGCUUUAACAGCUCAGAAAAGGGCAUAUUCCAUGGGAGAAAGCAUCGAGACUCUCAAGUCUGAGCUUCAAGUUGCGAAAGAUUGCUUACUCCGUGCCCGAGAGGGGGAAGAACUUGCUUCAUCGAAGGCCCGUAGUUUAGACAAGGAGAUGAACCUACUUAGAACUGAAUUGAAAUUAGCUACAGAGGCAGAAGAAAAGAGCAAAACAGCCAUGGAUGAUCUAGCAUUAGCCCUGAAAGAAGUCUCAGCGGAGGCCAAGGAGGUGACGGGGAAACUCAGCUCAACCCAACUGGAACUAGAUAAUGCGAGGGGGGAAGCAGAACAAUUGAAGCAGCUGAUGAAGAGUACCAAGGAGAAAUAUGAAAGGCUCUUGGAUGAAGCAAAGAAGGAAAUUGACCAAGUUAGAGACAAAGUUGAAAGGCUGAAAUUAGAAGCUGAGGAAUCAUCCCUGACUUGGAGUGAAAAGGAAAUUGAAUUUGUUAAUUGUAUAAGAAGGGCCGAAGAAGAGUGCAACACUGCAAAACAGGAGAACGGUAGAUUGGCAGCGUCACUCAGAGUGGCCGAGGACAUGGUUAAAAUGUCAAAGCAAGAAAAUGGGAAUUUACGCGAUAUACUGAAACAAGCCCUGAAUGAGUCUAGCGUUGCAAAGGAAGCUGCAGAAAUUGCUAGAGCUGAGAAUUCUCAGCUCAAGGAUAGCAUAGUUGACAAGGAUGAAGCUUUGCAAAGUCUCGUGCGAGAAAAUGAACGCCUUAGAAAAAAUGAAGCCACAACUGCUGAGAAUGUCAAAGAUUUGAAGAUGACGUUUCUUUCAACGAAACCAAUUGAUGACUUGAAAGCAGAUGAUAAGGAGAUGGAUGGAGUAAUUAAGAAACAGAACUCAAUAGUUGAGGAGCAUAAAAAUGGUAAUAAGAAACUAGCCAAAGUUCUCAGUCUCCAUCUUGAGGAUCCUAGAAUUUCAAAUGGGUUCAGAAAAGUAAAUGUGGACACGGAAAGGACAACUUCUGUGGUAUUUAUAGAUGAUGGAGAGAUGACAAACUCGGAUGAUUUUGAUCAUAUAGAUCAGACCCAAGUUGAUAGUAUGGAUAGUCAUAGAAAUUCACAGCGUAAGAAGAAAGCGUUGAUGCGAAAAUUCGGAGAUCUUCUGAAGAAAACAAGCUACCGCACGCAGAAGGGAGCCAUCAAUUAGCUGAGCACUUAAAACUAUAAACUGAUCACAAACUUGAUGUUGAUUAUAAUGGUAAUAUAGUUCAAUUUAUUUUGUUUGUUUGUAUAAUGAAGCUUCUAGUUUGUAAAUUAAGAGUUCGAGCAUAGUUAAUUAAGCUUAUGGUAAUAUGGUUCAAUUUAUUUUUUUUAUAUACCAAAUAAAGAGACUGAUGUAUAUAUUGUGUUUGAGCUUCAGCUAUUCUGCCUUGUUUAUGGCGUUUCAUGUAUAUAUGUUUUCGUUGAAUAAUGAGUAGAAUAGUCUCAUUUGAGGUCCCAUGGCCAG